AUGUACACCAAUUUUAUUGCUAAUAUUCAAAUCACCAGGGAAGAGAUGAGAAAUCGCUUCAGAAUUUAUUGCAUAUUCGCAGAUAGCAGUCUAAAAAUGCGGUUUUCGAACUGCAGUAAUGAAACUAACACAUCCAACAGCAGUGCAAAACACGAGGGUCGAUUUUCGCAGUUUCGAGAUGGCCAAUUCAAAGAAGUACUACCAAAGCAAAUUGCAAAUUGCAGAGCAAAUGGAAUGGAAUCCUCCUUAACGGCAUAUCACAAAAAAAAAAAAAAAAAAGAAAACAACGAAAGAAUAAGUUAUGAUUUCAUGAAAGGAUUAACACGCAAUAUGAUUUUUAAACGCACUCAGAAUAAUGUAACAACAGUAUUUGGUGGAAUGGAACUAUCUGAUAUCACUUGGCAAGGUGAUAUCAGUAAAAACAAUUAUACGAUUUCCUGCUGGCACUCAGAAAGUUCUGGAUGUGAACUAACUGUAAAAAACGAUUGGGCAAUAUAUCGUUUCUGUGGGCGCCGAGUCAAAGUUUUAGCCGUAGGCUGUGAAAUAGCAGUGAGAUUGGUGCCGCAUGAAUUAGAAUUCAGUUCAAACCAAAAGAUGCGCAUGGAUGCACUUAAUAUUCUAAACUUCCGAACACAUUGCAGUAUGGCACAAGGCGCUAGUUAA